GGGAGGCGGCCCAGCACAGCCCGCCGGCCCAAGGCGCGCAGAGGAUGGCCCGCAGCGCGGAGAGGGGCUGCGGCGGCGCGAGCUGGGGGCUGCGCAGCGCUCUGGCCGCGGUGGCGCUGCUCUCGGCGCUCAAUGCCGCGGGCACGGUGUUUGCUCUGUGCCAGUGGCGCGGGCUGAGCGCGGCGCUGCAGGCGCUGGAGGCGCAGCGGGGCCGGGAGCAGCGCGAGGACAGCGCUCUGCGUGCCUUCCUGGCGGAGCUGAGUCGCGCGCCGCAGCAGGCGCCCGCGCCACCCCUGGACCCCGCGAGCGCGGCGCGCAACAAGCGCAGCCACAGCGGGGACACCGCGCCGCACAUCCGCGCUGAGAGCCACGACAUGCUGAUGAUGAUGACCUACUCCAUGGUGCCGAUCCGAGUGAUGCUGGACCUGUGCAACAGCACCAAGGGGAUCUGCCUGACAGGACCACCUGGCCCACCAGGACCCCCAGGAAUUGAUGGGUUACCAGGACACAAUGGAUCAGAUGGACCGCCUGGUCCCCAGGGCCCAAAAGGCGAAAAAGGAGCAAAUGGGAAAAGAGGAAAAAUGGGGCUACCUGGAGCUACGGGAAUUCCAGGGGAAAAGGGAGACACCGGUGAACUGGGCUUGACCGGAAACGAGGGACCAGCAGGGCAGAAGGGUGAAAAGGGAGACAAAGGGGACGUGUCCAAUGAUGUGCUACCCACCGGUGCCAAAGGUGACCCAGGCCCAUCAGGCCCGCCUGGCCUACCUGGGCCCCCCGGCCCUCCAGGUCCCCCAGGGCCCCCCGGAAGCAGAAGAUCUAAAGGCUCUCGGCAGCCAAACAUGUUCAACGGCCAGUGCCCAGGUGAAACAUGUGCUAUCCCCAACGACGAUACCUUGGUUGGAAAAGCUGAUGAGAAAGUCAGUGAACACCAUUCCCCACGAGCAGAAUCCACGAUCACUUCCAUUGGAAAUCCAACGCAAGUAUUAAAAGUUACGGAAACAUUUGGGACUUGGAUAAGAGAGUCUGCUAACAAGAGUGAUGAACGGAUCUGGGUGACUGAACAUUUUUCAGGCAUCAGGGUGAAGGAAUUCAAGGACCAGCCCUCCCUGCUGAAUGGCAGUUACUCGCUCAUCCACCUCCCGUAUUAUUUCCAUGGCUGUGGGCAUGCCGUUUACAACAGCUCUCUCUACUACCACAAAGGAGGCUCCAACACCAUAGUGAGAUUUGAAUUUGGCAAAGAAACGUCCCAAACUCUGAAGCUUGAAAAUGCCUUGUAUUUUGAUCGAAAAUACCUCUUUGCCAAUUCCAAGACUUACUUCAAUUUAGCUGUAGAUGAAAAGGGGCUUUGGAUUAUCUAUGCUUCCAGUGUGGAUGGCGCGAGCAUUCUUGUAGCCCAGUUGGAUGAGAGGACAUUCUCUGUGGUGCAACACAUCAAUACCACGUACCCCAAAUCCAAGGCCGGCAACGCCUUCAUUGCCCGAGGGAUCCUCUAUGUCACGGACACCAAAGACAUGAGGGUAACAUUUGCCUUUGAUUUGUUAGAAGGGAAACAGAUCAACGCAAACUUUGAUUUAAGAACUUCCCCGUCUGUUCUUGCCAUGUUAUCAUACAAUAUGAGAGACCAACAUUUAUAUUCGUGGGAAGAUGGCCAUUUAAUGCUUUAUCCUAUGCGGUUUUUAUCAGCUACAUUCAACCAGUGACGGGAUGCAUUCUGUUCCCCUCAGGAAAUUUCAGUUCUCUGGCACCAUUUCUAUCCCAACAGAAAACUAUCUUUAAGGGUAGCCAGGUACUUGGCUAUCGUACUCUCAUGACAUGAGUGUGAUGCUCUUUAAAUUCAGAUUCUUUAGAGGAAAAUAACAGACUGGAAGUCAAAACGGCUGAGAUUUGCUGACUCCUCCACAAACUAGCUGGGCCAGUUACCUCUCCCUCUUCAGGCCUUGUUUUCCCCACUGGUAACAUGAAAGGGCUGGAUAAGAUGAUGGGUGAGAUUUUCCCUACCUGUAGGGAAUUCUGUGACUCUUGGCUAUUGCUGCUCUCGCCACUUUUAUAUAUUCGGUCUUGGGUUUUGGUGUUUAGACAUGUGCAGAGCAAAUUGACCUCUGAGCUGAUCAGCCUGAUUGCUUGAGCAAUGAAUUCUUAAAUGCUGACUUAUAUUUGGUGCCUUGGGAAGCUGCACUGACCCUUUAAGGCUGCUGAGGUACCAUGUUACCUAUAAUUUAUUACCCUUCUCGGCAUCUGCACCUGCUACCACAGCACCGGAAUGACUAUUACCCUCAGCUUCUGAUUGCCACUCCAAGAUUAGCAGAAGCCAGGAACAGCUACAUGCCCAGGGGUCCUAAUGAAAUAGAAACAGGCCCUUCCACGGUCCUAUCAACUUCUGAUAAUGCUGAUUUGCAGCUGUGGGAAAUACACUGGCUUCCGGUCUCACUGGCUUUUUCUACCACAGCUAUGGAUCCACUCUCCAUACUAAAUACCGUGUGCGUGGGCCUUAAUCUAGCUAGAACCGCGGGAAGUACUUUGCAGUUUUCAGAAGAGAGGCACCAUGUGGUUAUUAUCUAGACCAGGGAUGGGCAAACUAUGGCCCUCGGGUCACAGCCAGCCCAUCAACUGUUUUUGUAAAUAAAGUUUUAUUGCAACACA